UGGGAGAAAGAAAGGGUGAGAAAGAGAGGCAGAAAGAGUGAAAGAAAACGAUAGAGAGACCGGUAAGAGAAAAAAAUUUAGGAAAGAAAGAGUAAUGUGUCGUAAUUAUUUCGAAAGCGUUUCACUAAAACAAUAACAACGUGUACAUAUAGAAAACAAAAGUUGGUGAAUAUUAUAACAUGUAUAUAUGUGUGUAAAUAUUAUAACAUGUAUAUAUGUGUGUAAAUAUCCAAUUAGGCGAGGAAAGUUUUAAAGGAAUGGCUAUGUGGUAGAACGCACGCGGUAUUGUCCUAUAGCUAGAGGUUUUCGUUUCUAGGUCAGGACAUCGGGUAGAAAGUGAAUGAUUCAACCUAUGUCAAGCCUGUUGCGUCACGAUGUAGCCAUGUCAGUAGCCAAGCAAGUACUUCGAAUGCUAACCAGCUUUAUACCUCCUCAAAUCUGCUGAAAAAAAUAUAUAUACAUAUAUAUAUACAUACUACAGCAUGGAUCUAAAUACAUUCACGCAGUUAACUAUUGUAAGAUAAAGAAAAGAAUUUUUUUUUUUAAAUGUCGUACACGAUGUUGGGUACUUAAGCUAAGCGCUAUUCGUCCAUCCGUUCUCUAGAAGAAAAUCUCGCUCUUUCUUUUUCUCCCUCCACUUCUACCUGUGUGUGUGUGAACGAAAUACAGCCACGUUGGAUCAACACACUAUUCCUAGCGGGGAUCAACCGCCGGAUCCCUCUGCAGCCAUGGCAACGGAAGAGCAAUAUGAUUUUAUCUGGAAAGUUGUUCUUGUUGGAGACUCAGGAGUCGGAAAGACUAACCUACUUUAUAGGUUUACACGAAAUGACUUCAAUUCAGAAAGUAAAAGUACGAUCGGUGUUGAAUUUGCAACCAGAAAUGUGAACAUCAAAGGGAAAGUGGUGCGAGUUCAAAUAUGGGAUACGGCAGGUCAGGAGCGGUACCGUGCAAUUACAAGCGUAUACUAUCGUGGAGCUGUUGGAGCACUUGUGGUGUAUGAUAUCACAAAACCAGCAUCAUUUAGCAACUUGGAAAAAUGGCUUGGAGAGUUACAUGAACAUGCUGACCAAGAUGUGUGUUUAAUGGUGGUUGGGAACAAGACUGACUUGCAUCAUCUACGAGCCGUAACACUUGACGAGGGCCGAUUGUUAGCUGAAAAACACAAUUUUUCCUUCAUUGAAACAUCAGCUCUAGAUGCAACGAAUGUCGGUGAAGCCUUCAAUAAUCUCUUAGUUGAUAUAUUUAAAGUACAAGUUGAAAGCAAACCUGCCGACGAUAAAAGUAUUUCUAAAAACAGUAACAGCUUGGAUUUUUCAGUGCAAAAUAAUUCUAGUUGUAGAUGUUGAAAAGGUACCUUGUAAACUAGAUCAGCCCCUUCUUCAGUGCUGAAAGGGCACCGUUUUUCUUAAGAGAACAAUGUUGGGGAUACAAGGCAAAAAACUGUACAAAUAUCAAUGAAAUAGUACAGAGUUCCAUU